UGACCGUCAUUAAGGUUAAGGGCCUGGGAUCGUCGCCCGCGACGAAAGGGGAGGCCGACUGCUCCCUGGAGAACGAGCGUCACCGCUCAUCGCUCUUCGCGUCGUCCCCUGUGCAGCACCGCAUCCCGACUGCCGACCGUCGUCACAUCGAGACACAUAUUUUACUACUUUGGCACUGACGAAACAUGGCUUAUUGAAGAAGAUGAAGGGUGCGCGCAAAGAUAUCGUUUCUCCGAGGAGAGGAGACGGAGGAGACAGCCGCAGCUGCUGCGACGAGGCGAGUCACCAGACUGACUACAGUCGAUCCGCAAAUGGACUUGAGGCCAAAAUUCACGCUGUCCCCUGCGAGGGGGACUGCUGCUGAUGCGAGAAAGAACAAAGAUGUCAAUAACAAGCACCAUCUGGGAACUUUGCGCAGAAGAGAACUCGCUGGCGCCCAUAAUUUCCCUGAUCAUGUACAACCAGCAAAGUACAAUGUACAGAAAGCAAAAGAUUUUGUUAAGAGACAGAGACCUAAAGGACAAUAUCAUGGCGGUGCAGAGGAGAAUUCCAAGGUAGUGGAGGAGAAGUUACCUGAGUAUGGCUCAGUAUUGGUCCCAAGAAGCAAAAAGAACGGCAAUCACUUGCUGAAUUUUCACUACGAGCGAUACGUGAUGCGAGAUGCGCAAAACAGGGAUGUGGGGAGACAUGGUUCCAACAGUAAUCGAUUGCUGCCUCCUGUGCAGCGGCAUAAAUACAACAAGGAACAAUUCGUACAGGCUAGCUGCCAAUUUGUUGUGACUGCAAGCAGAGAUUAUUCCUUGCAUUUGACUAACCCUGAUAUUCUCGUGGAUUGGAAAUCGAUUGAACAAAUUAUAUUACACAAUUCCGAAAAUCUCUCUUGCCCUAUUUGUUUACAUCCACCAGUCGCAGGCAAAAUGACUCGCUGUGGUCACGUCUAUUGCUGGCCUUGUAUUCUCCGUUAUUUACGUUAUUGUCAAGAGACUGGCAAUUACAAAUGCCCGAUUUGUGAUGAGUAUCUUCACAAAAAUGAUUUGAAAAGCGUCGUCGAGAUUACUCGAAGCUCAUACAAUUUGGGCGAUACAAUCAAUAUGUGUUUGAUGCGUCGCGAAAAGAAUUCCUUGUUCGCAACGCCUGUGAAAUCUGUUAUUCAACCACCGACAACGUUUUUGUCUGUUUCGGAAAAUAUUGGCAAUCCGAUAUAUUCGAAACUUCUUAUUGCAAAUGUGAAAGAUAUUGUGAACAUCAUAGAUUGCGAGUAUUCGGAAUUAGAAUUUGAGCUGAACGAUAAUCCAGACAUGGCCGCUGAUAUCAAGCAAGCGCUUAGUGAACUAUCAAAAAGAAAAGAAAAACUACUCUUGCAGAUCGCAGAGUCUAAUGCUUCACUGACCGAAAAUGUAACGGAAAAGGAAAUUGAAGAAACAUCGCAAAAAUAUGAAGAUGUCGAUAUAUGUUGCAAUGAUGAUGACAAGACUUUAGCGAAACAGUCUUCGACAGACAGUGUUUCCAGUGACAGCCAGACUACUUCAAGUCCUUCUAAAUAUUCUUACUUUUAUCAAGCGGAGGAUGGACAACAUAUGUAUUUACACGCGGCGAAUGUGAAAAUGCUGGAAAUGCAGUAUGUGAGCCUGGAGUUCUGUCCUCCUGUAAUAACGGGCAAGCUUCUCGAAAAGGAAGCAAGCAUCUGCACCGAAGAGUUGCGACGAAGAUUACGGUAUCUUUGCCACUUACCACUUACAUGUCCAUUCGAAGUGGCUGAAAUCGAAUUAAAACCACCACUAGUAUCGGAAAAAGUUCUUCAAGCUUUCCAAGAGCAACUAAAAUCGAGACAGAAAUACAGAGAGCAAAGAGAACGAGAGGAAAGAAAAAGGGAGAAGAAGAUAAUAGAAGAAGAAAAUAGACAAAUUGGCAUAUAUCCAACGCCCAAUAUUGAUAUUGAAUCCUUCCAACAUUUUCCUCAAUUACAAUCGGAGCAAUCGGAGCAGUUGUCCAACGAGAACGUGCUGUCACCUUCAGAAUCGGUUAUGUCAAGUGUUGCUAGCAGUCCGGCUUUGAGUUCAUUUGACGAAAUUGCCCCAAAACAAGAGACAGAUCAUUCCCGUGAACAGACCCGGACAUUCGCGGACAUAGCAAAGACAUCAGCGAUGCCAACAAAGUCUAAUAAAUCCGCUGACGCAUGGCCGACCGUAAAAUCGAAGACGCACUCCGGCACGGCGAAUGCAUGGUUCAACAAAGACGAGGAGGUUAUGUCGACAAAGACGCAAAAGUCUACCGAUGCUUGGCCGUCUGUUCAAUCGGAAAUGUUCUCUGGUACACCAAGUACCUCGUUUAACGAAGAUGAAAAAAAACCGGACGUUUCUGAAGAAGCAAAAGAUGAAAGUAAUGCGUCCGGUAAGAAGAAGAAGAAAAAGAAAGGAAAGGGAACCGUACUGUUUACAACUGGUAUGACAUCUGGUUAUUCUUUAUAAUUACUAUGUAUUAUCGCAUGAUAUUUUCACGCUAUUCUUUGCGCGUUACCCAUAAUAAUUGGUAGAAUUUCAUUGGAUCAAUCGUAGAAAUUUUGAUUUCAUUUACAGCUCUUGCCCAUCAUUGUUUGAUGUAUUAAAAAUACGUACACAGCAUACGUAUCAAAUCUUAAUUUUCUGUACUGAAAUUAUUAUAUAUUGUUUGCCAUAGAAAGAGAAAAGAUUAUUUGCCAAGGUUCUCAUAUAUUGCGCUCACGAAUAAAAUUUUACUUCAUUUA